UUAUUUUGUGCGAAUGAGUUUCUAGGCGCGCAGCGUCUUACAAAAUGGCCGCCAAUCGUUGAUGAAGGAUUGAGCGAUGCUCCUGAGAAAAUCAAGAGGCUGACAGAUGAAAAAUGAUUUUUUUGAUCAUUUGUUGAUCAUUUUGUGCUUCCGGGAAACGGAUCAAGUUUGCAAUUUGUGCAUAUCCGCUGCUCGAGUUGUGCACCAAAUCCAAGUGACAGUCCAAACCUCCUUGAAACUAACACUGGCAGCUCAAACUGCGAAAACAGACGGACGACGGACUGUAGAUUGGACGGAGCGUCCGAUCGUUGUAUAGAGCCGCGUCCGACAGUUGCGGUCGACCGACCGGAAAGCGGACGAGCCCGCCGAUGCUCAGCGGGUGUCUUCCAUGACCCCGCUGCCCAUCAUGGUCUAGCCGAGGUCCAGACCAGUUGGGAAACCAUAAGAUGUCCUCGCAGAGACUGAAGCGCCAACAGAGUCGCACUGACGACUCAGUGCCGAACAAACGGCGCAAAGGCCGAGGCAAAAACGAUGUGGCUACCGCCAUUCCGUCACCAUCGGACGAUUCAGACAGCGGCGGCCCCAGUGUUUGGACUCCAGGCCCGCUAUCAGACCUGAAAAUGUCGAACAUCUACAAUCGGAGCGCCCCAGAGGCCCCUGCGGAACUCUUCAGGAAGGACCUGAUUUCAGCCAUGAAAAUUCCUGACUCUGAGCCGCUCGCUCCUGAUGAGUACUGGACAAUUUCAGAUACCUGGAAACAGGAAUGGGAGUCAGGUGUGCAGGUCCCUGUCAACCCUGACUCCCUACCUGAGCCGUCGGUCACUGUUGUCAACCACAGCCUGCUGUCACCGCGAAGAUCAGAGUUCAAAUUGCCCAAGGGCAAGAUGAUUCGAAUUACUAAGAGUGCUGAUUUUAACCCGGAAUGCCAUUACCUGUCAAACGCACCUGCAGAGGCCGAUCGUGCGUGUUUCUACGAUCUGGACGAUGUUGAUGUUGUCUGGCUCAACAACUUGAAUGGAGAGAGGGCUCUGAUGGGAUUAUGGCCGAUUCACGAAGAUCAACUUGAGCGUAUGGUAGAAGAGUUAGAAGUUACUUGUUGGAAAAAGAUACAAAGUAUAGUACGAUCUGAGGAAGGACUAGGCAUCGAAUUUGACGAAAAUACCAUUUGCGACGUGUGCCGAUCGCCCGACUCGGAGGAAGGCAACGAAAUGGUUUUUUGUGACAUGUGCAAUAUAUGCGUGCAUCAAGCAUGCUAUGGAAUUACUUCCAUUCCCGCAGGGUCUUGGUUGUGUCGGACGUGUUCGGUAACCUUACGACCAGACUGCGUCUUGUGUCCGAAUCGAGGCGGUGCCAUGAAAUGCACCCGGUCUGGGCAAAAGUGGGCACACGUCAGUUGUGCUCUUUGGAUCCCCGAAGUCAGCAUAGGCAGCGUCGAACUCAUGGAACCUAUCACCAGAAUAUCUGGCAUACCUCCGAGUCGGUGGCAAUUAGUUUGUACAUUGUGUAGGGAAAAGACAGGUGCAUGCAUUCAGUGCUCCGUGAAGACUUGCAAAACAGCCUACCAUGUCACUUGUGGCUUCAAACAUGGCCUGGAAAUGAAAGCACUUGUUGAAGAUGAUGCGGAGGAUGGUGUGAAGCUCAGGAGCUAUUGCUCUAAACACAGCAAGAGCGGCUUCGCCAACAAGAAGGUGCUGAAAACCAGCCCCAACCAUGAGGUGGAGAGAAAGAGGAAGCGCAAAGAACUUACGUCUGAGGAGCAGAUCCAGGCAAAAGCAGCCAAGUUGGUUGAAAUUGAGGCAACCUUUGACAAGCAUGUUAGCGUCAAGGACUUGAUCAUGAGACAUUUUGACCUUGACCAAGAGGCUCUCACGUCCAUUUACAACUACUGGAAGCUCAAAAGAAGGGCUGGGGGCAAUCGGCCAUUGAUCUCGCCACCAUCUGAUGAUCCUGAUCUUCUGGGAAAGACUCCUGCUCAAGCAGAUCAAGAAAAACUGCGAAUGUUUGUUCAACUGAGACAGGACCUUGAAAGGGUCCGCAAUUUAUGUUACAUGGUGAGCCGAAGAGAGAAGUUGUCGAGAAAUCUGCUGCGCUACAGAGAGCAGACGUUCCACAAGCAAGUGAGCGUGUUGAUGGAAGCUGCUGGGAGCCUGCCCAAGGAUGAGGCUCAGGCCGUCCUUGCCGCAAACCACGGGCCGUCCAUUUACGACACAUUGUAUUCGCAUGACCAGGAGAAUCGAGCACCACCCCUUGACAUAGAAACACUCAUCUCACGCAUCCAAGGUCCUAAUAGGUCCAAGGAGAGGCCGCUGCCGCCCCGUAAGCGUCUAUCUAGCCUCUCAACGUCGGACAGUGAGACUGAGAGGACUGGUACAAAGAACGCGGUGAGCUCAGGUAGCGAGGCUGAGCUGAGCAAGUUCAACAAGAAAUCGCACUCAAAGGAACCUGUGAAAAUAUACUCAGACACGUCCACAGAAGACACAGAUGAUGAGGCAGCUAAAAGUUCCGUUCGCACAAAAGCAGCUGUUAAAGAGUUCAACAAGAAACAAGCCGUCAAGGAAAGCAACAAAGAGUCUAAACCCAUUUUCGUUCCACAACGACAAGCGGCCAAGAGGGCGUCUGAGAGCAUCAAGGCUGAGACCAAGCCUGCAGUUGAGGCCAAGCCUCCACAGGCCAAGCCUCUGCAGGCCAAGCCUCUGCAGGCCAAGCCUCUGCAGGCCAAGCCUCCGCAGACAAAGCCUCCGCAGACAAAGCCACCGCAGGCAAAGCCUCCGCAGGUUAAGCCUCCGCAGGUUAAGCCUCCGCAGGUUAAGCCUGUGCUGUCGAAACCCUUGCAAUCAAAGCCCAAGAAGGACGACACUUUCAACGGUGGCUACGUGCCGCAGAGGGCUGCCGCUAAGAAGGCCUCGGAGAGCAUCAAGUGUCUGGGAAGCAACCAUGACGACACUGUCAAACGCUCCAAGGAAGACCUAUUCGGUAGCGCCUUGGCGCAAAUGGAUAAGUCCUUUCUGGGUGGCAAAAAGGCAGGGGGAACGCCUGCGGCGGCCACUGCCGCCGCCGCUGCCACUACCACAACUACCUCCGGGGCUGCAAGGGGGCAACGUCGGAGAGCGCCUGAAGUCGCUAGUAGGAAGCUUAAAACUUCCGAAGAGCGGCCAAGGCCGCUCGUCGACGCAGAAAAGCCCGGUACGAAGUCUCGAGUUACUCCUGCUGCAAGGCAGGAUGCUGUCCCUCGGCCCGCAGCCGCCGUCGUCGCGGCGCCAGUCGCCGCCAUCCCUACUGUUCCGAAGGCACCAGCCUCCCCUUCCGGCUCAUCCUCGGGAUCCUCGUCCUCCAGCAGCAGCUCGGGUGGCUCAUCCGAGUCUUCUGACUCCUCAGACUCAGACUCUGAAAGCUCAAACUCCUCCAGCCACUCAACGAAGAGCCCUGCGCGAGCUACGCUCCCGCCACCUAUUGCCACCCCCGCCGCGUCCGAGGCGCCUCGGAAGAGAGAACCUGAGGCGGCAGCACCGCUAACUCCACCUCCACCGCAGAAGCGGCGGACGAGGCUUUCCUCGUCGUCCUCAUCGCUGAGCCCGGCUAAGAGACAAGCAACGCCACCGAGGGUGCCGACACCGCCCCCGAAGGAGCCCACACCGCCACCGCGGCAGCCAACGCCGCCUCCCCCCAAGGCGUUGACUCCACCCCCACCGCCGGUGAAGAGCCCGCCGCGCGCACUGCCGGCCAGGUCCAUCUUCUCGCCGCAGCACCCACUCCACGAGCUGGAUGAGGACUUCGAAAAAGAGAUCCUGGCUGUUGACGAGACUCACUCGAAAGGCCUCAACAAAGGACUUCCCAUGUUUGGUCCUGAUGACAGCUUUGUUACUGACGAUUUCUUCAAGGAGGACACAAAAGAAGAGUCGACUCGAGAGACGCUCAAUCUAGUGGAGAAACUCCGACUCGAGUAUGCCAAGAAGAGCACAGAAGAUGUGCCACCCCCGCCGCCAGCGGAUCCACCAGACAUCACAUGUCCUGGUCCACCUGAUGUGCUGCCUCUGCCAGAGAAGCGAGAAAGGGAGCCGACACCGCCGCCGGAACCAACGCCGCCUCCUGCACCCGCGCUGGAACCGGAGCCACCUCCUUACCAAUCCCCGGUGCCCAUUGUACAUACCCCCGUCGCCCCUUUGCCCCCUGUCACUCCAGUUCCCAUCAACUCGUCCGAGUUCAUGAGCCAAAAAUGGUCAGAGUCUGAGAUGUUGCCCCACCGCAGGAAUUCAACCAGUUCAACCAAUGAGUCGGACGAUGAGCCGGAGGUAGAACAGCCGCCAACGUUGCCUCCGCAGGUGCCGCCCCCGCCGCCGGUGGAGAUUCCACCGUACGAUUACUACGGUAUGUUCCAACCGGAACGCUUCCUCAAUCCCUACCUCACGCCCUACCAAUCGCUGCUGCCGGCCAUGGACCAGGCGCCGCCGCCCCCGGUGCCGCCCCAAGUGGGGGUGCCGCCGCCAGCCCCGCACUCAGCCGCCUUCACUGCGUCUCAGCAGAACAUGGCGUUCAUGGCCGCGCUGGCCAACAUGCCUCUGAACAACCAGCCAUUCUUGCCGCCCCCGCAGCCGGCCGCACCACUGCAACCCACCCCGCCGCCCCCUGUGCAACAGGCCGCAACGCCGAUGCAAGCCAUUCCACCUGUGCAGAUAGCACCGCCGCCACCGCUACCCUCGCCCAUCCAGCCAUUGCCGUCACCUAUGCCGGCCGAGCCGGAGCCUGAAAAGUUUGUCGCGCCUCCGCCCGUCAAAAAGUCGCCGCAGAAGCCGACUCGCAUCUCAUCGCGCGUCGUGCCGGCCAAAACGCAACAGCCGGCACCGCCUCCGACACCGCAACGCUCGCCUCGCCGCGGCAGGGGUGGCGCCCGUGGCACCGCCCGGGGCCGAGGAAGGCCACGUGGUGCGGCCCGCGGCGCCCCCAUCCCGAACAAGUUCAGCGGCACUGUGUACGAUUUUGAAGAGGACGAGUUUGGCGCUGACAACGACGCCGUCGAGGGUCUUAAGGCGAUGCGAGAGCGGCGCCGGAGUGUGGACACGCACCGCUACGACAGCGAGGCGACGGCGCCAUUCGACGAGUCGCCGCCGCCGCCACCACUCGCGGCACCGCAGGAGGAGGACGAGGAUGAUGUGCCAGCGGCACCGCUUGAAGCCAACGAAGCCGUGCCAAGCGUCGCACCGCUACUGCCUGGCCCUGUCGACCUGCGCAGCUACGCUAUGUGCGAGGCAGCGCCGCCCGAGCCUCCACCGGAACCGGUGGCGCCUCCGCCGGAGCCUCCGGAGCGCAGUCAGCUCAAGGUUAAGAUCAAGGGUCCGUUCCUGGAGCAGCGAGGACCACCGCUGCCGCCCCCAGGGGCGGGCGCGCCUGCAGCUGUGCAGAGUGGCGCCGGCGGCGCUGCCGCCUCCUCUGGGGAUGUGCGUCGCAUGCGCAAGAAGGAGUUACUGCGACAGUACUGGACCGAGGAGCCUGGUUUAGGCGCCGGAGGUGGCCCGGGGGCAGCCACCAGCCCCCAACGCACCACCAUAACCAUUCCAAAGGCUGUGGCGUCGAUGACAUCGAUACCGACCCGCGACGACUACAAGUCGUUCGUGGACUACGACAAAAAGAAGCGGAAGCUGGAUGUGGGCUCGGAGGCGGCGGGGGCCGCUGCCGCCUCCAACAAAAAACGCGGCCGACCAAAGGUGGAGGAGGCGCCGACCCCGCCUCUGCCGACACCUCGGAUCAAAAUAAAGCUUGGCGAGCCGGACGACGCGGAGGACAGACGCAUGCUGCGCGCGCGACCGCCCAAGAAACGUCUCCAGGAGGCGGCUGCCGCCUCCAUCGUGCCCACCUUGGAGGAGUUGAAGAAGGACAGCAUGAAGUACCGCAAGCAGAUCGCCGCCUCUUUCGACAAGAAGAGUAAAAAAGCGAGAAAGGGCCCCAAGCUAAUCAUCCGGCUUGGCAAGUCCCCCAACGACCAUCCGGAGGCCAUAUCGGAGCCCACCCCACCGGCUUCCGGAGGCGGCGACAACAACAAUCUCCUCAUAAAACCUAUCAAAUUGAAAUUGUCGCGGUGCGACACUGGCUACAUAAUGGCCCCUAAGCAAGACGAUGCGCCGCCCCCCACGGUAUUCCCUGCGCCCACCCCCGCCGCUGCCCUUGAUCCCCCAUCUCCGUGUACAUAGUGUAUUUAGUUGGCAGGUGUAAAAGUUGUGAUAUUUGUGAUACCUGAGCUGAAAUAAAAAAAAGGAAAGUCCCCUCUAGUGGCGGGUGUUUCUUUCGUUCACGGCUUGGUUUUGUGUCCGACGGAUGUUGCGACCAAUUGAAGAGGCCUGCUGCUGACAAGACUUUUUUUGUUUCACUGGAUGCGCUCUCACUCAAAGUUUUUGUGCUUAAUGAAUCAUUAUUAUAAUUAUUAUAUUGCUGCUAUUAUUACGAUUAUGAUACAAAGCAAGUGAAAAUCUCAGAAAGCAUUAACAUUGAAGGUUUAAAUAAACAAUUAUUAAAAUAAAA